UCUGGUCACACUAAACCAUAAGCAGAUCCCGGUUGCUAAAAAAAAUUUAAUGAGCAUUUUUUUUACGGAAACGCGAGCACGAAAGCCGAGCCACCAGCGAAAGGAUUGUCAAAAAAGCCCGCCAUUGCGCUGACCCGGUGAACGACAAAAGAUACUGUCUCCCCGCCCCGUCAACGCCUGCAGUCCGAUUCACCGUUUUCCCGUCGCCUCGGCUGCCGCCAUCCUCCGGGUGAAGAUGUCCGAUUACAGCGACCUGGACCGCCAGAUCGAGCAGCUGAAACGCUGCGAGAUCAUUAAGGAGAACGAGGUUAAGGCCCUGUGCGCUAAGGCGCGCGAGAUUCUAGUGGAGGAGGGCAAUGUGCAGCGUGUGGACUCGCCGGUGACCGUAUGUGGCGAUAUCCAUGGACAGUUCUACGAUCUGAAGGAGCUGUUUAAGGUUGGCGGCGAUGUGCCCGAGAAGAACUACUUGUUCAUGGGUGACUUCGUGGAUCGCGGCUAUUAUAGCGUGGAAACAUUCCUGCUGCUGUUAGCGUUGAAGGUACGUUAUCCCGACCGCAUCACGCUGAUACGCGGCAACCAUGAGUCGCGCCAGAUCACGCAAGUGUACGGCUUUUACGACGAGUGCCUCCGCAAGUAUGGCUCGACGGCCGUGUGGCGCUACUGCACAGAGAUUUUCGACUACCUCAGCUUGUCGGCUAUCAUCGACGGCAAGAUAUUCUGCGUACACGGCGGCCUUUCGCCGUCCAUUCAAUAUCUAGACCAGAUCCGCAGCAUCGAUCGCAAGCAGGAAGUACCGCACGACGGGCCCAUGUGCGAUCUGCUCUGGAGCGAUCCAGAGGAUCAGACCGGCUGGGGCGUCUCGCCGCGCGGCGCUGGCUACCUUUUUGGCUCGGAUGUGGUCUCCCAGUUCAACCGUACCAAUGAGAUCGACAUGAUUUGCCGUGCACACCAACUGGUGAUGGAGGGCUUCAAGUGGCACUUCAACGAAACCGUCCUGACGGUAUGGUCGGCGCCCAACUACUGCUAUCGCUGUGGCAAUGUGGCUGCCAUCUUGGAGCUGAACGAGUACCUGCAUCGCGACUUCGUCAUCUUCGAGGCGGCUCCACAGGAGAGUCGCGGCAUACCCUCGAAGAAACCUCAGGCGGACUACUUCCUCUAAGACGGACGCAGUCACCACUUUCCGUUCCGGCAAACCUCACGAAUGGACGCGGAGCGGCAGGUGGGUGGCCAUGGGUGGCGGACACAAAACAUUUAGGGAAAACAAAACUGCCAGCCUGCCUAAAAGCAAAGCAAACACGAACCGCAACUGCGACUGCAAGGGAAACAAUUGUAAAAUAAACGUAAGCUAGGAUAUCAAACUGGAGGCGGGCAUACGCACUACAUGUACACCCAAAGCAGACAGACAUCUCGUUUCUUCUCUCCUUCAUAAUUUCAUGGUUCAUACGAACGAUUGUGUAUUACACUUAGAUAUACUUCUUUUUUUUUAACAUGUGUUUAUAGUCUACCUGUGUUUUAUCUGGCGAUUCGCGUUUUGUGGAUGGCUAUUUGUGCUGUUUGUGCGUGUUCGUGGAAGUCAUCGAGUGUGUGUGGAGAUCAAACCUGCGCAUUGCAUCUAGCUGCUAACUAAUAGGAUUAAUGACCCUUGUCCGAGACUGCUGUGAAUUCGCCUGGCGGAGACGGUCUGCAAACGCAAACGCAACAGCUGUCUUUUCGACGCGAAUUCCCUCGUAGCGGACAGCUUAGUAUACAUAUAUAGACGUAUGUAGGUUAAAGCAAUAAGCUAUAUUGACCCACAGAUUUCACAAAGUCGGCCGAAGAUUAUGAACGAAAUAAGGAGUGUGCCGUGAGGAAACGUGCUAAGGUCGCCGUUAUGUUUAUUGGUUAGAAAACGACUUUGCAUGCCUGAGACGGAAUAUCUCAGCAAGAAAACCGCUGGAAAAAAAAACCAGAAACGAAGAAGAUUGUGUAGUAAUUCGUAGAGAGUAAUGAUAACUUUUAAGUACACCCCAGAUUGGGAUAUUAUAUGCAAAUAAUUAUAUGAACCUAUAUUUAAAAUAAAGAUUGUAAGCUGAA